CUAUUAUUUAUUUAUUUAUUUAUUUUCUUAGAGACAAAGUUUUGGAGUUUAAAGUUUCCUCGAAAAUGUUAGCAAGCCGGCUCUGCUCGCAAGUUCCAGUCAGGUCGACGUCAGUGACCGGUUGUCUUCAUACCGGCGGUCUGUGACUCUCCGGAUAAAACGGAGAUUCUGCUCGUUCGCACGGUCAAGGGCACGGCCCGAGGGAAAGCCUGCAUUAUGCUAAGAGUGGUGGUUGCCUAAGUGAUGGAUGGAGGUUUGUCAGAGGGUGCGGAACCCAGGCUGGGAGGAGAGGAGGGAGAGGAGCGGGUGGAAGAGACGUCCCCCACGGACAUUGUGGCUAAGCCUACGGUGGAGACAACAGCCACAGAGGUGGAGGCAGAUGGCGCCAGCAGUCCUACCCUCACCCCCGCAACUUCUGAAACCCCCAAGGCUCCUGAGGAUGACGAUGAUGUGAUGUUGCUGGAUGCCCCACCAGACCCCUCUCCCACUCCCCAAACUAAUGCCCCCACAGAAGCCCCCUCACCUAAACCCACGGACAAUGCCGAGGAGAGCACCAAGGCGACCACUCCCCCACCACAUGCCCCCAACAAGACCCCCUCUCCCCCUCCUCUCUCUACCUCUCCCUCUCCUGACUCCUCCACUCCACCUGAUUCUGCAGCAACAGCUAAAGGCCAAGGGGAGCCUAUUGUGAUCGACGAUGAGGAAGAGUCCGCAGAGCGGAAGAACUCUUCUUCAGCCCUGAGCAGCACGGAGCCUGACUCGGAGAUCAAGAUCGCCAGUGUCACCACACUGGGCGUGACCUCUGCCACCAACUCUGGCUCGCCUCCCAGCAAUGGCCCUGCCUCCCCUUCCGCUGUCGUCACAGCGACGGGGGAGCCGGCUGCAGAACCGACCCAGGGGGACAUGAACUUGCGGAUCACUAGCGUGACGUCGCUGCAGAAGACCGGGGCUGGGGCGGGACCUGGGGAGGAGAACGGCCUGCAGAUUAGCGGGACCUUCAGUCUGAACCCUGAGGCACAGGGCUCACCCUCCGAUCUCUCCACCUCCUCCAGGGCCCCCACAUUCAACCCCGGUCGAGUUAGCACAGCCUGCGAACCGGUCCAGAAUGGGGAGACUAGCACACUGCAGAGGCCUGAUUCCUGCAUAUCCCAGUCUGCUUCUUUCCCUCGGACCCAGAAGCAGCCAGCAGUGGACUCCCCAGCGCCGGCUGCCUCGCUACCCAAACCGGUAGCCUCCUCCUCAGGCUCAGCCCCUCAGCAGGGCCCCAGGACGGUGAAGGUCACCUGCGCCAACUGCAAGAAACCCCUCAAGAAAGGCCAGACCGCCUACCAACGCAAAGGCUCCACUCACCUCUUCUGCUCCACCACCUGCCUCUCCUCCUUCUCCCACAAACCCGCCCCCAAGAAGAACUGUACCAUGUGCAAGAAGGACAUCACCAGCAUGAAAGGCACCAUUGUAGCUCAGGUGGACUCCAGUGAGACCUUCCAGGAGUUCUGCAGCACGGGCUGCCUGGCGUCUUAUGAGAAUAAGCAGAACCCGCCCAAAACCGCUGUCAGGACCAAGUGUACCGUGUGCGGGGAGACGACUGAGAUUCGGCACGAGGUCAGCUUUAAGAACGUCACCCACAAGAUCUGCAGCGACACGUGCUUCAACCGCUACCGCAUGGCCAACGGGCUGAUCAUGAACUGCUGUGAGCAGUGCGGGGACUACCUGCCCAGCAAGGCCUCCGCCAACCACUUCCUGGUGAUCGACGGCCAGCAGAAACGCUUCUGCUCCCAGAACUGCGUCAGGGACUACAAGCAGACUCAUGGGAAGAUGACGCACUGCACAGGGUGCCGCACUGUGUGCCGCUCGUUUGACGUGACGCACUGCAUCGGGCCCAGCGGCACCAUGGAGCCCUACUGCUCCACAGCCUGCAUGGCCAAGAGCAAGACCACGAGCAACGCAGUCAGCACCAUCACCAACGCCGUCACAGCAGAGCCCACGUGUCAUUUCUGUAAGAGGAAUUCACUGCCGCAGUACCAGGCUACGCUCCCUGAGGGCACUGUCUAUAACUUCUGCAGCUCCAGCUGUGUAACUAAGUUCCAGACCGCGAAUAUGCAGACCCUAAAUGGGCAGACAAUGGCCUCCACGCCCAGUGGAGUUCAGCUGAAAUGCAACUACUGCCGGGGUGCCUUCAGCCUGAAGCCUCAGACACUGGAGUGGGAGAAUAAAGUGUAUCAGUUCUGCAGCAAGACCUGCUGCGACGACUAUAAGAAGCUGCACUGCAUCGUGACGUUCUGCGAGUACUGCCAGGAGGAGAGGACACUGCACGAGACCGUCAGCUUCUCUGGGGUCAAGAGGCCUUUCUGCAGCGAGGGUUGUAAGCUGCUGUACAAGCAGGACUUUGCACGGCGGCUGGGUCUGAAGUGUGUGACGUGCAACUACUGCACCCAGAUGUGCAAGAGAGGUGUGACCAAGCAGGUGGACGAUGUGCAGCGGGACUUCUGCAGUGAGGCCUGUGCGAAGAAGUUCAACGACUGGUACUACAAGGCGUUGCGCUGUGACUGCUGUAAGCUGCAGGGGAACCUGACAGAGUCGGUGCAGUGGAGAGCUGAGAUGAAGCACUUCUGCGACCAGCAGUGUCUCCUGCGCUUCUACUGCCAGCAGAACCAACCCAACCUCUGCACUCAAAAGGGCCCUGAGAACAUGGCCCUGGGAUAUGGAGCACAGCUGACAGGAGCCAAAGCUACGAUAUUUAACCAGGCAGUCGUGUCAUCGUUUGCUGGAGGGAUGUUGAAAGAUGUGAAGAACAAGGCGGUGCUCUGCAAACCCCUCACCAUGACCAAGGCCACAUACUGCAAACCACACAUGCAGAGCAAGCACUGUCAGACAGAGGAGUUGGUGAAGAAGGAGUAUGUUCCUGUCCCCAUCCCUGUCCCCGUUUACGUUCCUGUGCCCAUGAACCUGUACACGCAGGCCACGCCCACAUCUGUCACACUACCUAUCCCGGUGCCCGUGCCAGUGUUCCUGCCCACCACCCUGAGCAACGCGGAGCAGAUCCUCCACACCAUCUCUGAGCUGAAGACCAAAGUCCCCGCCGACCCACUGGAGGCCGACCUGCUCACCAUGGCCGAGAUGAUCGCAGAGGCUGACGAUGAGAAGCCCAGCCUCACAGGUGUGAAACGUGAACGUGUGGAAAGAGAUGACAUAAAGAGUGAGAGUGAGGAGGAAGAGGAGGGGCAGGAAGGUACAGAUGACUCCUACCAACACAACCUGGACCUGGAGGAGGACUUCCCCCAAGUUCCUGUUCUGGUUCCUGCAGUUGAAGGCUUGGAGACUGAAAUGGGACUUAUCCCACCUUUGGGUCCAGAGGAGAUAAAAGAGGAGAAGCCAUUGCCCUUGGUUAGAAAGAAGGGACACAAGAGGAGAGCAGUGGAGAGGGAUGCCCCACCCAACCCCUUACCCGAAACAGAGGCCUGUUCCUUCCCCUUGAAGGCCAGAUAUGGGCUGAACGCCUGGAGAAGAUGGGUUUUCACCUCAACUGAAAAAUCCCAGGAUGAGAAUGGCAAGGAUCAGCUGAGGGUUAAGCCGGUGCGGUUGAAGAGGAGCUUGCUGUCGCUUAGCGUGGCGGAGCUGAACUGCGGCCUCGCCCGUUUCGUCAGCGAGGUGCGCCGGCCUAACGGGGAGAGCUACGCACCCGACAGCAUCUUCUAUCUCUGCCUAGGCAUCCAGCAGCAUCUGCGUGACAAUAGAAGAACAGAUGACCUCUUCAGUGACCCUGCCUACCAUCGCUUUGGACAGGAACUGAACAAAGUCUUAAAGGGCUGGCAGCCUAGUGUUCUUCCUGAUGGCUCCCUCUGGGGUCGGGUGGAGGAGCAGGCCCUAUGGAGCUGCCGGCAGCUGGGCCAGCACUCCCCCACUGCUCUGCUGCGCUCUCUGCUCUACCUCAACACCAAGUACUUGGGCCUGAGGACCGUGGAGCAGCACCUACGCCUCUCCUUCAGCAACGUCUAUGGCAUUCGCAAAAUGAACCCCUACACCAAGGAGCUUUCCGUCUGCCUCCGCAAUCCUUCCAUCUCACCGGAACAGCAAGUAAAACCAGCGUUGAGGAAGAGAAAACGCAAAGAGGAAGAUGAUGACCCAGAUUAUGCCCCAGACAAUGACUCAGGAAGCUGUCCGGUGAAGAAGCAUGAGUGUCUCUUAUAUGAGCUCUACCUCUCCAAGUGCCCAGCAGCUCUGAAGCACAGGACGGACGUGUUGUACAUGAAACCGGAAAUCUCCAGCAGCUCAGAUAGCCCCCUGUGGUACAGCUCCACCCCCUUAGAGAACACCACCCUGGAGAGCAUACUCACCCGAAUCCUGCUCAUUAAGGAUAUCUACGACAGACAGGACCCUUUGGAAGAGGAGGGGGAGGAGGAGGUAGAGAAGAAGGAGGAGGAGGAGGAGGAGGAGGAGGAAGAGGAAGAGGCCAAGGACAGCAGAGAAUAGCAUCAGUCCCGCCCUCUCCUCCUUCUCCACAGUACCGCACAAAUCUCCCUGCUAUUUAACCUCCAGCAAACUGAUAUCUGAUCAGUGCUAAACCAGCAGCUGUUGGGAUUGGGAGGAAGGUCUCUCUCUCUCACUCUCUCUCGUGCAGUGGAAGGGGGCGGAACCUGGAAGACAGUUUAUGGCUGUUGUUUUUUUGUUUGUUUUAUUUUUUUUCACCCUCCCCUUCUUCUUCAGCUUUUGACAAGUGCAGACCCCUGAUAUAGAAUCACUCACUAUGCCCAAUUUGAUGAACCUUUUACGUGUAAAUACUUUGGGGAAAGUGAGGAGGAACGCGGAAGUGGUUUGAUGCCGAGACUCUUCAAUUCUCCUUUUUGAAGGCCCUUUAUUUAUUACUGAUUGGUUUGGAUUUUUUGGACGCUGGGGUUUCCCCAGAAUGCCCCAUGGGACAGUCGAGCAUCUGAGCGGGAAUGUGCCAUGUGUACUUUUUCUUUCCUCCUAUGAGCAUUAAACCUGCAGCUGCUGUAAACUACAGCCCCACUGUGUCUCUUCUCUCCUCUCUGCUGUAUGUGUGUGCAUACAGUGUGUGUGUGUACGCAUAUCUGUGUGUCUGCGUCUGUGUGUGUGCAUAUCUGUGUGUCUGUAUCUGUGUGUGUGUGCGCACAUUUCUGUGUGUGCGCAUAUUUGUGUAUCUGCACCUGUGUGUGUGUGUGUGUGUGUGUGUGUGUGUGUGCACGUGUGUGUGUGUGCACAUAGCUGUGUGUCUGCAUCUGUGUGGGUGCCUAUAUCUGUGUCUGUAUCUGUGUGUGUGUCUGUGCAUGUUUUUGUGCAUGUGUGAACAUAUCUCUGUCUGCGUUUGUGCCUCUGUGUGUUGGGGUCAUUUCCACAGCUUCAUCUCCGUAGCUGACUUAAUCUGCAGGAGGAACAGGUUCGUUAAGGUAUUAAAAUAGAUGGCUUUAAACCCCUGGUGGUUUUUCUGAAAAGGACAGUCUUCAAAAUAAGCUUUAUUUUUCAGGCAUCUUCAGUGGUCACUGAAAAGGAGGCACUUACACCAUGCUGUUUUGGGAUGCUUUACGAGGAUCUGCCUCUAAAGUGUGUUGCUGUGGGCUUCACGUUGGCCCUCUGCACCUGGUUCUAUCACAAUAACAGUGUACGAUGUCUGUACAAUAUUAAGGAAACACUAUAAGAACGAGCACCGCAGUUUGCAAUGUGCUUUGCACACACUUCAGGUUUUAAUGUGCUCUCACAUAUCACCCACUUUUGCUCCUGAUAAGCUCUUUGCUGAAGAUAAAAUUGACAUUCAAUGCUCUUAAAUUUCAUUUAAGUAUUCUUUCCAUUUUGUUUUUAUUUAUGAAUGGGGAAAAUUUUAAUGCAUAUUUUUUUAAAAAGGUGCUUGUUUUUAAUAUUUGCUUCAUUUUCUGUUGUAGGCUAUAUGUUGUUUUUUUAUCUGACAAUAAAUUGCAGUACUUGA